CUGAUAUGAAUUAUGAAAUAGCAAAUUUAUAAUUUUCUUAUUAGCCUAUAAUUUAACAAACACUUUAUUAAUUGAUUUUAAUUUUAAUUUGUUUUUUUUUAAUGUAAAAUGUAUGCUAUUGGUUAGAGUAAAAAAAAUAGAGAAAAAUAUUUGUUAUUUUUUUGUAUUUAUUAUUAUAAUAAAGUUUUAAUAUGAAUAAUAUGACUUGUGAAAAAACUGACGUUCGUGGACUAAUGAGUAUUGUCUUUAGCACAAACGGAAUCCAAAUACUCGAAUAGUUAAAAAAUUUUAACUACUUGAAUUUUGGCGAUUAUUGUUGCACAAGCUAUAAGCAAUUAAAUUUUUGAAAGAAAAUAAUAUGGAGUUCACCAGACCUGUAAUAAGCCCAUAUGAUUCUUCAGACAUGAUUUUAUAUGGCAACUAUGUAAAUGAAGAGUACCCAGACGUAAUAGACAGUAAUAUAUAUUCAGAUCAAUUAAAUGGAGAAAUUAUACGAUCUGAAUAUGAGGAAACCCAAACAAUAUUAACCGAUAACUGUAGCCAGUAUGGGAUUACAGCUACGUGUUUCGAUACUUAUGAAAAUCUGCUUUGGAUCGGGAAUCAACUUGGGUACGUCACUUCAUAUUAUAGUGCAGAUAUGCAGAAAUAUACAAUGUUUCGAGUUCAUUCAACUGAAGAAAUCCGUUCUUUGCUUACAACGGAUUCUAGUUUGCUAGUUCUCACGCCCACGACGCUCCGAUGUCAAAUGCGUAGAGGGCUACCGAUUUUUACACAUAGCUCAGAAAAUUUAAAUGAAAUGCAAUGCAUAACCCAAUUAACUUGUUCUCAAGAUACAAUAUUAAUGGGCGGGCAUCAGGAUAAGCUAAUUGAAUUCAAUUUAAAUGUAUGCAAAGAGGUUAGCAUAAUAAAUGCUGGUGAAAAUGGAUGUGCUAUAUUACGGCAAAAUGCCAACAGAACCGUCUGUUGCGGAGAUCCUACCGGAGUAAUUAAACUUAGGGACCCGAGGAAUGUUUCAAAAGUAAUUUAUACUAUUGAUGCUCACACCGGAAGCUUGUCAGAUUUUGAUGUCCAUGAUAAUUUAUUAGUCAGCUGUGGUUUUUCAAAUGCACUCGGUUCCUUGGAGCUUGAUCAGUUUUUAGUUGUCCACGAUUUAAGAAUGAUGAGAUCUGUUUCGUCUAUUCCAAUGAUUAUCGAACCAUUCCUUUUGAGGUUCAUGACGUCUUAUUCAUCACGUAUUGCUGUUGUAUCUUCUGCAGGGCAAUGUCAACUUGUUGACACUGUUGCAUUAUCCGAACAAGAUAUGAAUCUCUAUCAGAUGAGUGGUGCAGAAGAAGGUUUAAUGGCUCUUUCUAUGGACGUAUCUCCUUCAAGUCAAGCCAUAGUAAUCGGUGACAACAUUAGCACAUUGCAUCUAUUUACUACAGCGUCUAGUAGAUUCAAUACUUUAGCUAGAGAUACAGUAUUUGCACUAGAAAUUGAACCACUUCCUUCUAUUAGUGUGACUGAUGAGUUAGCAGUAUAUUCUGUUAUACCACUACCAGUGUGUGAUGGGCCGUUGGCAUCGGAAUUACCUGAAAAAUAUUUGUCUAAUAUUUAUAGAAAAACUCCACAAAUUGAUAGUAACAUUCUUGCUACUAUGAAAAUGAAAGGUACUGUUGGCUAUGCACCAAAUCCAAAUAAUCGUAAACGGAAUCAAGUAGCAUACUAUAACUCAGUAUCUGAAUCUCUUUCAAGCAACAACAAUAACCAACACGAAGAUGAAGAAUGUGAAUCUGCAACCUUUAUAGCAAUUCCAAGAAGAUAUAGAAAAAUUGAUUUGAAGUUCAAAAAUGAAGAUUUUGAUUAUGAACAAUAUAAUAAAACUGGAUUUAGUGGUUUAGAAUCCAAUGUUCCAAAUUCAUAUUGUAAUCCAAUGCUUCAAGUAUUAUAUUUUUUGGAUCCAUUGCGGAAAAUAUUAAUGUCACAUAUUUGUCAAGAAGAAUUUUGUUUGAGUUGUGAAUUGUCAUUUUUAUUUUAUAUGAUGAGCAUGUCGAAAGGAAUGCCUUGCCAUUCUGGGAAUUUCUUAAGAGCUCUUCGGAAUGCUCAUGAUGCCACAGAGUUGGGACUUAUUUUACCUGACCAUAAUAAUUCUGAGAUGAAAAAUAAAAUCAACAUCAGCAUAUUAAUACAAAAUUGGAACAGAUUUAUAUUGCAUCAGAUUCAUUUGGAGCUUUUGAAAUCGGAUAAAGAUCAAAUAUCAAAUAAGUUUGUUUUUAAAGAUACCGAUUUUCCUAGUAUAGGCGGUCAACAAGCUCAAAAAAAAAAAAUUAAACACAAGGACGACGAUAAUAACGAAACAGACAUUUCGAGAUUGUUUGGGUGCAAACAAAUGCACAAAAAUAAGUGUUUAAAAUGUAACCAUGAGUUUAGUAAACAUUCCAACUUGAUGGUUUGCAAUUUGGUUUAUCCAGAAUCAAAUGAUGAAGAGCCUACCUCAUUUUGUGAUCUACUUCAGCAAAGUAUUUGUCCAAAACAAACGACAAUGACGUGGUGCGAGCGUUGUGAAGGUUUUCAACAAACAUUGCAAACUAGAACGCUUAAAUCGUUACCUUCUAUACUAACUGUAAAUUGUGCUAUUGAAAGUAAACAAAAUAAAGACUUUUGGCAACAUCAAAUGGAUAUAUUAGUAAAACAAGCGGUCGCAAAAUCAAAUGAUAUUAAAAAUUCACCAACAACACCAACGUCAUUUAACAAACCGUGUCGAUACGGGAGUAAUUGUACGAGGCAUAGUUGCCGAUUUAUGCAUCCUGGUCAAACUCCGGCAGUUCCAGAAACCAAUAAUUCCAUGAGUUUAUCUCAAUUAUAUUACGCUCACGCUUGGCUCCCACUACACAUUAAGGCAGACCUUCAAUCUAACGGAGAACUAUCAAUUUCAAAAUAUGACAACGAAGAAGAAGCAGAUGUGUCUCAGUCAGAAUGCUCUAAUAUCUACGAUCUGCAUGCUGUAGUAUGCUAUAUUCAUGAAGACCGUAAGAAUCUCGUAUCUAUUAUCAAUGUCAGUCAGCCGUAUCAUGAACAUAUAUCGUCUAGCAGUCCUACUGCCCAAUGGUAUAUAUUUAAUGAUGUAAGCGUGUCUCCGGUCGUUGGACAAGAAGCAGUUUGGUUUAGUUUGGACUGGAAGGUUCCGUGUGUUUUAUAUUGGCUAUCAAGAAACGAAAACUUUUCUGAUAUCAAAAUUAGCAGUCCUAUUAUUACAUCAAAAGUGUUUACAGAGAGUGUUUAUUUGAAUCCAACCUUAAAAAGUAGCGAUAUAAUUUUAUCGGAAGAAAUUCCGAAAUCAGGCGAGCUAGUGGCAAUAGACGCUGAAUUUGUGACACUGAAUCAAGAGGAAUCCGAAAUGAGAAGUGAUGGACGAUUGGCUACAAUUAAACCUGUUCAAAUGGCCGUAGCAAGAAUCUCAUGCAUCCGAGGCGAAGGUCCACAUGAAGGCAAACCGUUUAUCGACGAUUAUAUUUCGACACAAGAGCAAAUAGUUGAUUAUCUUACUAAAUUUUCCGGUAUCAAUCCCGGCGACUUGGAUGUUGGAAAGAGUUCAAAAAAUCUCACUACCCUAAAGGCUACUUAUAUGAAACUGCGAUACUUGGUGGACGCUGGAAUUAAAUUUGUCGGCCAUGGUCUAUACAACGAUUUUAGAAUGAUCAAUUUAAUGGUGCCUCCUGAACAAAUAAUAGACACCGUUUCGUUAUUUAGGUUACCGAAUCAACGGAACGUGUCAUUAAGGUUUUUAGCUUGGCAUUUCUUAGGUAAUAAAAUUCAAUCACAGACUCACGACUCCGUCGAAGAUGCACGUGCUGCUUUGCAACUGUAUCAAUGUUAUAAAAAGUUAGAAGCCAACAAAACACUGAGAGAAAAAUUAGAAGAACUCUAUAAGUGUGGAAAAGAAAUGCAUUGGGUAGUAUCAGGUGAAUAAAAUGUAUAUGGCAUUUAUGUUGUGAUACUUGAAAACUAAUAGCACCAAAACAUUAUAAAAGAAAGUCAUGUUUACGUAAUGGUCAUAUAUUGGGAGGCUAACCACAAUUAUUAGGCAGAUUUACAUGUAUAUAUGUAAAUACAUAUAUACAUGUAAAUAUGUCUAAUUACUGUGAUACUCUUUUUUAUAAUAUAUGAUAUUAACGUUUAUAUGUAUAAUUUUGUAACCAAAAUUCUAAAGUACUUAAAUAUUAUGUUCUUAUUUUUAAGUGUUUUUUUUUAACGAUCAUUAAUCAUACACAUUUUAGAAUUACCUGCAAUCAAAAUUACUCCAUUAUAUAUUUAUUUUAAAAACAAUUUAAACUUUUAUUUUUUACAUUGGAUUAUGUUUAGAACAUUUUGUUGUUAUUCGGUUAAUGCUUAAUAAAUAAUAAUAUUAACUCCUUUUGGGAAAGUAUGAUAAUAUAAAAUUACGGUUUACAGUUUAUACUUGGCUUGUUAUAACUAGUUGUGGUUGACAACAACCAGUAUCUUACCCUACCUCACUAAAAUACUUGGUGCAACUGUCAAAAAAAGAAAAUACAGCUUUCUUUAUAGCAAUACAUUAUUAUCAUUAGUAUGUACAUACUCGUUGUACACAAAGUAAUGGAUAGGAAAGUGUCAGGGAUCGGAUUGAAAUAUGAUAACGAUUAAAAUUGUUUAUUAAAUUAAAACACAAUUUAUGUAUAUAGAACAUCACAAGAAAUAAUGUAAAUGUAAUGUUUAAUAAUUUUUUAAUAUUUGAAAUAAUAUUUUCAUUCAUGCAUUUUGAACA